UUUAGUUGUUUAAUAAUUAAAUACAACGAAAAUGGAUAAUUUAAAAAACUUUGAAUUAAUAAAACAAGGUGCCGAAGCUAAAAUAUACAAAGGAAUAUAUUUAGGAAAAUCAACAAUUGCUAAAGAACGGUUUACAAAAAAUUACCGUCAUCCCGUACUAGAUACGAAUUUAACUAAAGAACGAAUGAAAUCAGAAAGUCGAGCUUUAGUGAGAUGUAAAAUAGCAGGAAUAAGAACCCCUGCUAUAUAUUUAGUAGAUUUUGAUCGACGAAUUAUAUUUAUGGAAUUAAUUGAGCACAGUAAAACAGUCAAAGAUUUUAUCGAAGAAAAUACAACAGAUGAAACAAAACUUGCACAAUUUUUCUUUGAAAUAGGCAAAUUAAUAGGAAAUUUACAUAAAAAUAAUAUAAUUCACGGCGAUUUAACUUCUUCUAAUAUUUUAGUCAUAAAUAAGAGAGGAAAAGAUAUUUUUAAUGAUCUAACAGAAUUGAAUUUAGUAUUAAUCGAUUUUGGUUUAGCUUACAUAGAUUCAAACACUGAAGAUAAAGGUGUCGAUUUGUACGUAUUAGAAAGAGCUUUAUUAAGUACCCAUAGUGUAGCUGACAAAAUGUUUCCCGAAAUAAUAGGAGGUUAUAAGAAACAAUAUAAAAAUGGUAGUAAUGAAGUGCUGGUGAAAUACGAAGACGUUAGAGCAAGGGGGAGAAAAAGAACAAUGGUAGGAUGAAAAUGUUUUAUUUUUUUAUUAUAAAAUUUCUGUAUAAAAAUAAAAAAAAUAUUUCU